GAAAAUUCCACAAAAAAUCAUGGAAAACGAGGGCAAAUCUGAAGGAAAUGUCGUGGAAAGUAAUGUGCCGGAUGUCAGAGGACGAAGAAGUUUAUUUUCAGUGUUAAAUGACGCCAAUACCGGAAAUUACUACUGGAAAAACGAUGCCUAUGAACAGUUGGUAAAAGGAGAGAUGUCUGAAUGGAAUUAUCUAGCCAAGGAAGGUGCAUCAAAGUACAUGAACUCCCAGGAAAAUAUAAAACUCGACAAUACGGCAGUUCGAAAGAAAAUUGCAGCACUCUCAAUCGAUCCGGAAGCCUUUCUUGCAGAGCAGAAAGAAUUCGUAACAGCUGCUAAGGAUUUCCUAAAACAGCACAAGAAACACCAGGAGAAAAUUAGGCUCCUAACGGAAGUCACAAAUUGCCUACUAGACGAUGUUACUAUACGCGCAAUGGAAGAGCACAAAUACAUUUAAUUAGAUUAAUAAAACCAAUUUAAUAUUCA